GACACAGCCAGAGCACUGAGAGAUAUCAGGUAUUGAUGUAACUGGAGUGAAUAAGGGAACCUUCUUCCUGAGCACACAUUGGAGCCUGUUAUCAGCAUGAACUCAUAUGUGUUAGACAAACACAUGAAUAGUUCAUAUCCAUCCUUCACUAUUGGAAGCAUCAGAAUGAUACCGCAAACUACAAAAGUCUUAGACACUAAUGACUAUUCACAAACAUUGGGGAUAUCACAGCAGAUAUUUAAAGGAGAUGGUGAAUUGGCAGGAACUGUGAAGCAAUCAUUAUGUACAGAGAGUAAUUUAGUCAUCAAAAAAGAGGACAGCAUUUAUGAGUUAUCUAGUGAAAUUAUUAUCCCAGAGGAUAAACCACACACAUUUACUGAGUUUUUAAAACAUAUUAAAGAAGGGAAAAGUCUACAGUCUAGCCAAAUGAUUCAUACAAAGGAGAAAUCUUUCAAAUCUACAAAAUGUCAGAAAAGCUUUAGAUGGGAGUCUCCUCUACUAGAACACUACAAAAUUCACACAGGUGAGAAACCACACACAUAUCCUGAGUGUGGCAAAUGUUUUACACAAAUGGAUCAUCUGAAAUUUCAUAAAAAGAUUCACACAGGAAAAAAGCCUUUCACAUGUACAGAGUGUGGAAAAAGAUUUACACGUAUAAAUUGUCUGAAAACUCAUGAAAGGAUUCACACAGGAGAAAAGCCUUUCACUUGUACAGAGUGUGGAAAACGUUUUACACAUAAGAAUAAUCUGAAAACUCAUGAAAGGAUUCACACAGGAGAAAAGCCGUUCAUAUGUACAGUGUGUGGAAAAAGUUUUGCACAUAAGAAUAAUCUGAAAACUCAUGAACGGAUUCACACAGGAGAAAAGUCUUUCACAUGUACAGAGUGUGGAAAAAGUUUUACAAAAAUGAGUGAUCUGAAAACUCAUGAAAGGAUUCACACAGGGGAAAAGCCUUUCACAUGUACAGAGUGUGGAAAAACAUUUACACAUAUAAAUAGUCUGAAAACUCAUGAAAAGAUACACACAGGAGAAAAGCCUUUCACUUGUACAGUGUGUGGAAAAAGUUUUACACGAGUGUAUUAUCUUAAAUCUCAUGAAAGGAUUCACACAGGAGAAAAGCCGUUCACAUGUACAGAGUGUGGAAAAAGUUUUACACAUAUGAAUAAUCUGAAAAUUCAUGAAAUGAUUCACACAGGAGAAAAGCCUUUCACUUGUACAGAGUGUGGAAAAAGUUUUACACAUAAGAAUGGUCUGAAAACUCAUGAAAGGAUUCACACAGGAGAAAAGCCUUUCACAUGUACAGAGUGUGGAAAAUGUUUUACAGAAAAGAGUAAUCUGAAAACUCAUGAAAGGAUUCACACAGGAGAAAAGCCUUUCACAUGUACAGAGUGUGGAAAAUGUUUUACAGAAAAGAGUAGUCUUAAAACUCAUGAAAGGAUUCACACAGGAGAAAAGUCUUUCACAUGUACAGAGUGUGGAAAACGUUUUACAAAAAUUAGUGAUCUGAAAACUCAUGAAAGGAUUCACACAGGGGAAAAGCCUUUCACAUGUACAGAGUGUGGAAAAAGAUUUACACAUAUAAAUAGUCUGAAAACUCAUGAAAAGAUUCACACAGGAGAAAAGCCUUUCACUUGUACAGUGUGUGGAAAAAGUUUUACACGAGCGUAUUAUCUUAAAUCUCAUGAAAGGAUUCACACAGGAGAAAAGCCGUUCACAUGUACAGAGUGUGGAAAAAGAUUUACACAUAUGAAUAAUCUGAAAACUCAUGAAAUGAUUCACACAGGAGAAAAGCCUUUCACUUGUACAGUGUGUGGAAAAAGUUUUACACAAAUAAUUAAUCUGAAAACUCAUGAAAUGAUUCACACAGGAGAAAAGCCUUUCACUUGUACAGAGUGUGGAAAAAGUUUUACACGAGCGUAUUAUCUUAAAUCUCAUGAAAGGAUUCACACAGGAGAAAAGCCUUUCACAUGUACAGAGUGUGUGCCUAUGACACAGAUGGAUUGGGACUCAAAAAAUGGACCAGAUGCAUGGAGGAGAUUUCGCCAGCAUGUACAGCUCAUAUUCUCUGGCCCUCUCUGUGGCAAGCCUGAGGAAACCUUGUGCAGCUACUUGCUUCUCUGGGUAGGUGAAAAAGGGAGAGAUGUUUAUAAUACUUGGACGUUAAAAUUUGAGGAGUCUAAAAAGUUGAAGUCUUAUUAUGACAAAUUUGAGGAAUAUGUUAUGCCCAAAGCUAAUCCAAUCUUUGCAAGAUACACAUUUCAUGAAAAAAUGCAGGGGGGACAUGAGACAUUUGAACAUUUUGUAACAGAACUUAAAUUGCUUGUAAAAGACUGUGGAUAUGUUAACAGUGAUGAGAUGGCAUGUAAGUCAAGGCCGCCAGAUACACGUAAAACUGUACAUACAGUUCAAAACACAAAUUUUGAGGAGCUGGAUGAAAUGUUUAUUGAUGCAGUUAACAAAGAGCUCUGCUUGCAGGUUGAUGUGUCAAAGAGUGGCCUAGGUGCUGAAUUGCUCCAAGAAGGUGACUUUGAAAACUUUGCAGUUCAUUGGGCCUUUGCACAUGUAACAUCCAGUCCGCAACAUCCACAAAGCAAUGGUCUUGCAGAAAAGACAGUGCAAACAGCAAAGACCAUAGUAAACAAAGCAAAAGCUGAAGGAAAGGACUCAUACCUCAGCCUGCUGGAACACAGGAAUACCCCUGUGGAUGGAUUCAAGUCUCCCUUACAAUUGCUCAUGAGUAGACGUCUACGUUCUAUCCUGCCUACAACUGGGGAACAACUACAUUCUCAGCAAGCCAGUGGUCAAUGGGUGCCUGCCACUAUUCUGCAGCCUGGAGACACACAAAGAUCUUACCUUAUCCGCACCAGCGAUGAUCAAGUUCUCUGUUGCAAACGACACCUGAUGGAAAAACUAAUAGAGCCCAGGGACAAUUUGUUCCUAGAGGAAGUGAUUUGUUUAUUCGAUGACCACCACGAGUGCUUACUACAAGCCUGGUCCGCUGAAUGGGACAUCCUACACACGCUAGCAAAUCAAGUUGGACAUCGGCAUCUUAAACCCAGAGAACCACCUGGGAAAUUGAAGGAAGAGGCCAUAAACCAAAUAUUAGAGGACCAGUUUGAGGACCUUGAAAAUCGGUCCAGGCGAUCCAAUAACCAUAUACGAAACUUACCAGAAAGCUAUACCAACCUCCCUGAAACACUGCUAAAACUAUUCCAUCAACUACUACCAGAUGUGGAUAAUACAAUGUUCCUGAUGGACAGAGCACGUAGGGCACGAUCAAGACCACCACAGCCCUCUCUUGCUAGGGAUGUUAUAGUGAAGCUCCACUAUUACCACAUCAAAGGACAACUAAUUAAAGCAGCAAGACUCUCCUCUACUUUGUCAUUUGAAGGACAUCACAUCCAGAUCUAUACAGAUCUUGCUCUGGUCACACUCCGCAGACGUAGAGAAUUCAAACCCAUCCUCAUGGUUCUCAACAAUUCCCAGAUGAAAUACAGAUGGAACUUCCCUUUCCGAUUGGUAUUUAAUUACCAGAAUGUCACCUACUCCUGCAUGAUGAUUGAGGACGGACAAAGGCUAUUAACUUCAUCUAGCCCCAGGAGAAAUCUUUCAAAUCUACAAAAUGUCAGAAAAGCUUUAGAUGGGAGUCUCCUACUAGAAGACUACAAAAUUAACACAGGUGAGAAACCACACACAUGUCCUGAGUGUGGCAAAUGUUUUACACAAAUGGAUCAUCUGAAAUUUCAUACAAAGAUUCACACAGGAAAAAAGCCUUUCACAUGUACAGAGUGUGGAAAACGUUUUACACAAAAGAGUAUCCUGAAAAAGCAUGAAAGGAGUCACACAGGAGAAAAACCUUUCACAUGUACAGAGUGUGGAAAAAGUUUUACACAUAUGAAUAAUCUGAAAACUCAUGAAAGGAUUCACACAGGAGAAAAGCCUUUCACUUGUACAGAGUGUGGAAAAAGUUUUACACAUAUGAAUAAUCUGAAAACUCAUGAAAGGAUUCACACAGGAGAAAAACCUUUCACUUGUACAGAGUGUGGAAAAAAUUUUACACAAAUGAGUGAUCUGAAAACUCAUGAAAGGAUUCACACAGGAGAAAAGCCUUUCACUUGUACAGAGUGUGGAAAAAGUUUUACACAUAUGAAUAAUCUGAAAACUCAUGAAAGGAUUCACACAGGAGAAAAGCCUUUCACUUGUACAGAGUGUGGAAAAAGUUUUACACGAGUGGAUUAUCUGAAAUCUCAUGAAAGGAUUCACACAGGAGAAAAGUCUUUCACAUGUACAGAGUGUGGAAAAAGUUUUACACAUAAGAAUAAUCUGAAAACUCAUGAAAGGAUUCACACAGGGGAAAAGCCUUUCACAUGUACAGAGUGUGGAAAAAGUUUUACACAAAUGAGUGAUCUGAAAACUCAUGAAAGGAUUCACACAGGAGAAAAGCCUUUCACUUGUACAGAGUGUGGAAAAAGUUUUACACAAAAGAGUGAUCUGAAAACUCAUGAAAGGAUUCACACAGGGGAAAAGCCUUUCAAAUGUACAGAGUGUGGAAAAAGUUUUACACAUAUGAAUAAUCUGAAAACUCAUAAAAGGAUUCACACAGGAGAAAAGCCUUUCAAAUGUACAGAGUGUGGAAAAAGUUUUACACGAGUGGAUUAUCUUAAAUCUCAUGAAAGGAUUCACACAGGAGAAAAGCCGUUCACAUGUACAGAGUGUGGAAAAAGUUUUACACAUAUGAAUAAUCUGAAAACUCAUGUAAUGAUUCACAAGGGAAGAAACCUUUCACAUGUUUAUAAAGUGGAAAAAAGGUUUUCCAUUUAAAGGGGAGGAUUGUCCAUGGCUUCAUUCAUUACUAGUGGGAAUUAAGAACCUGGCCACCAG